AUGGCUUCCAUUUCUUCAACCUUUCACAUCUUCUUCCUCACAACUUCAACCCUUCUUUCUUCAACCCUCUCUGCAACUCUCAUCGAAGACCUCAACGCCCUGCACCCGCCUCCUGACUUCAAUUCAACUCUCUUCAACAACUGCGCCCACAACCCUUCCCACAAGUACUGCAAUUCCUCCCCCAUGGACUUGAAUGAAAUCUUCAAGUCCACCAUUGUUGCAUCCCAUCUUUGCAAUGAAUCUAAGAACCCAAAUUGCAUCGAAACCUUCUCAAAAAUCGACCUUCGAAGUUGCUUGAAAAUCGCCCCUCUUUACUUGUCCUUCAGCUUCUUCUGGAAGUACUGUCCCAUCAGCAUUGUCUCCAUUGAUCUUGCAAACAACUCCUUGAAGGGUAGUUUCCCAAAUGAAGUUCUUCUUUGCACUCAAAUCCAGGCUCUUGACUUGAGUUACAAUCAACUUUCUGGGGAUUUCCCGGUUGAAAAUUUCAGUGCUUUGAUUAAUCUUACACUUCUGAAUCUUUCAUACAAUCAGUUUUCGGAGAUCAAAGUUUCAGAUAUGGAGUUCUUGAAACGGUUUAACUCUUCGAGCUUCAUUCGUUCUGGUCUUCUUCCAAAGCACCGGAACUACACCAUCAAGGUUGUUAUUUUUCUGGCUGGUUUUCCUGUCUUUGUUAUUCUGAUGGUUGGUUCAACAGGGUGGUUGUGUUUUGUGAGGCCAGAUUUUCUUCCAGGAAUGUGCAGAAGAAAUCACAAGUUCACAACAUGGAUGCUGAAGGCAGCGACGAAUGGUUUUUCAAGGAAGAAAUUGGUGACCAAAGGCGAAAGUUUUGCUAUAUAUAGAGGAAUCCUGAGGGAUGGUACUGAAGUGAAUAUUGAAAUUUACAGGGAUGACCUUUCCAGUGAAAUUUACCAGAAUUUUGUUGAGGAAUGCAAGGUUCUUGUUCAGUUAGAACACAAGAACUUGGUUCGGGUACUGGGUUGGUGUAGCAGCAGAAGAAUGAGAUCGAUUGUGACACAAUGGACAGAUGGGGAGACCAUCGAGUUAUGGCUGUCAGGAUCGGCAGCCCCUCCAUGGAAGAACAGAUUGAAAGUGUUGAUCGGAGUAGUUGAAGGAAUGUGUUAUAUGCAGGAGCAAUGGUCUGAAAUUGGGUAUGAUCUCAGGACAAGCAGUGUUUUGCUAUCUCACAAUUCCGAGCCCCUGAUUUCAAGGUUUAGGAUUGAAGAUCAUCGAAUCAGUAGCGCCAAAAAUAUUUACAUGUUCGGAUUAUUUCUAUUGGAGAUGAUAGUAAACAGGAGGUCCCAGGAAGAAUUCAAGCAAGGCGAAGCAGGUUUUAUUGAGUUUAUCAGAAUGCAUUACCCAGAAAAUUUGCAGAAAGUGAUUGACGAGAGAAUGAAGCUGACACAAGACAUGUUUGAUCAAGCUAAGCAGGGAAUAGGUCUUGGAUUGAUGUGCACAGAUCAACCCAGUGGAAAACUCCCAAGUUUGAAUCAGAUUCACAGUAUGAUAAUCGAGGCCUACCGGUCUUGCCUGGCUUUAACAUCUGAAGAUCAUAAAAGAUCACAAGACGAUGGAGGGCGAAGACACAAGCACAAUAAGGUCAGGAAGACUUCUGAUGCUGAAAGUUUCCGAAAAGAUGACGAUUUAAUUGCAUCUAGUGACUAG